AUGGAUUGGACAGUGUUCAACAGCAGCCGCGGGCUGGUGGGCGUGGUGGCGUGGGCGCUGGUGGUCACCAUCACUACCACCACCACGGCACUGGAGCUGUACGACGAGCUGCCGGGAGACGGGGAUCCUGUUGCGUAUCCAGACGACAACAGCCUGGACACGGGCCCGGUGGCGCCCCGCAGCAGUCCAGAGCUCGCGCUGGCCAAGGAUGUGCUGCUCUAUAAGCUCAUCAAGGCCUUGCAGGGGAGACAGAGUCUUACGACGUUCAGAUCAGACUGGCCGUCAGAAUUCCAGCCCACAGAGCCUGAAGAGCCCACAAGGCUCACAGAGCUUGAAAAGAGACAACCCAGAGAGCACGCACGACGAAGAGAGCCCACACGACCCAGAGAGCCCAGACACGUACAUCUCACAGCUCUGAGAGACAAGGAUGGAGUCGUGAAGAGACUCACGAAUGUCCUUAGAGGGAGCGGGACAAAUAUAGGUUUCAAAGGCAUGGACUACUACAGGCCACAGCAGAAAUGGAAGAUUAAGAAGGGGAAGGCUUUAGGUAGCCAAAUGGUGUGCUACUUCAAGUUGUGCGCUUUCCGGUCGCCCAUGUAGAGCCAGCGAGAUAUGAAGAACAUGCGCAAUAGGGUAGUUUCUAACAAGUCA